AUGGAGGAAAUGGAAACCAAGCUCUGCAGCAGUGACAAAGAGGAAGCCUUCAAAAGAGAAUUACCAUACUGCAUAGGAGAAAUAGACUUCACAGCUUCUGGGAAGAAUCAUGGAAAGUUUAUGAAGGUCCAGAGUACCGUUCACCCUGGAAUUAUAUUUGAAGUUAUGCUCAACAAAUGGAAGCUACCUGCUCCCAAUUUGGUUAUCUCUUUAGUAGGGGGAGAAGAAGAUUUUCAGAUGAAGCCUUGGCUACGGGACACCUUAAAGAAAGGACUUAUAAAGGCAGCUGAAAGCACAGGUGCCUGGAUUUUCACCAGUGCUCUGCGUGUAGGAGUGACAAGGCACUUGGUGCAAGCAGUGCGAGAUCUUGCCCUGGCCAGUACCUCAUCCACCCUGAGCGUGAUUGCCAUAGGAAUAACUUCACUCAGGGAAAUCCAGCACAGGGAAAUCCUGGAAAACACAAAGAGUGAAAGCCUUGUACACUACCACUCAGAAGACAACACCCAAGGCCCACUGUAUUCCUUGGAUCACAACCACUCCCAUUUUAUUUUGGUGGACCACACCACGCUGGAGGAGCCGGAUGGAACCGCCGAGCUCCGCCUCGCCUUGGAAAGGUACAUCUCAGAGCAGCGCACGGGAUACGGGGGAACAGGUAGCAUUGAGAUCCCUGUGCUUUGCCUACUGGUGAAUGGAGGACCAGGCACACUUGAGAGAAUUUGCAGCGGGUUGGAAAAUUCUGCUCCCUGGCUUAUCUUAGCAGGGUCUGGAGGUACCGCUGACAUCUUAGCAGCAUUCAUGAAUGACCCACAGCUUAUCAUGCCAGAAGCUGUUGAAAAGCAAUUUAAGGAGAAAUUCCCUGCAGAGAGCUUUUCGUGGAAGGACAUUCUCCAGUGGACAGUGACAAUUCAGAAUAUUAUUUCACACCAGCAUCUUCUAACUCUGCACAACUUUGAGCAAGAUGGUUCAGAAGAACUAGACACAGUCAUUUUGAAAGCCUUAGUAAAAGCCUGUAAAAGUCAGAGUCAGGAGGCUCAGGAAUAUCUGGAUGAACUGAAACUGGCAGUGGCCUGGAAUAGGGUCGACAUUGCUAAAAGUGAAAUAUUUAAUGGUGACGUGGAGUGGAAGUCCUGUGACCUGGAGGAAGUGAUGAUGGAUGCUCUAGUCAACAACAAACCAGAAUUUGUGAAGCUAUUUAUUGACAAUGGGGCUAACAUAUAUGAAUUCCUGACCUACAGUCGUCUGCAGAGACUCUACUGCUCCAUUUCUCAGAAAUGUCUCCUCUAUGAACUUCUCCUGAAGAAGCAUGAAGAAAGCAAACUGACCUUGGCAGGGCUCACUGGUCAGCAGCUGAGUGAGCAGAAGGAGAUCUGCCCCCUCUUCACUCUCAGCGAGGUCUCUAGAGUCCUCAAGGAUUUCCUUCAUGAUGCAUGCAAAGGUUUCUAUCAAGACCUCAGACAUGGAGGCAAGAAGAAAUCUGACAAAACGAACACAAAGCGAUUACCUGGGCCCUUGGACAUGAACCAGAAAAGCGAAAAUCCUUGGAGGGAUUUGUUUGUGUGGGCAGUACUUCAAAACCGGCACAAGAUGGCAAACUAUUUCUGGGCUAUGGGUCAGGAGGGUGUAGCUUCAGCUCUGGCAGCCUGCAAGAUCCUGAAAGAGAUGUCCCGCCUGGAGACGGAGACCAAAGCAGCCUGUAUAAUGAAAGAGGCCAAGUAUGAGCAGCUCGCUGUUGAACUGUUUAGUGAAUGCUACCACAACAGUGAGGAGAGAGCAUUUGCUCUGUUGGUGAGGAAAAAUCAGUACUGGAGCAAAACCACGUGCCUUCAGCUGGCCACAGAAGCAGAUGCAAAGACUUUCUUUGCACAUGACGGUGUCCAGGCCUUCCUGACAAAAAUAUGGUGGGGAGACAUGUCUACAAGCACACAGAUCCUCAAGUUAAUCUGUGCAUUCUGGUGUCCUUUCCUAAUCUACACCAAUUUAAUAUCAUUCAGUGAAGAAAAACAAUCAAAGAAUGAGCCAGAGCCAUUCAGAGAGCUGGACAGUUUGGACUCAGAGAGGACUCUGUUUUUCUCCAAGGAAGAAGAUAGAGGAAAUGACACAUUGGAAAAACAGAACCCUUCUGCAAACACAGCAUGGGCAACAUUCACGUUUACCCGGUGGAGAAAAUUCUGGAGUGCCCCUGUAACUGUGUUUAUGGGGAAUGUUAUAAUGUACUUUGCUUUUCUCUUUCUAUUCACUUAUGUCCUUUUACUGGACUUUAAACCACCUCCACCUCAGGGUCCAUCUGUUAAAGAAAUUGUGCUCUACUUCUGGGUGUUUACCCUUGUCUUGGAAGAGAUCCGACAGAGUUUCUAUACAGAUGAAGACACAAAUUUAAUGAAAAAAUUUAAACUGUACGUGGAGGAUAACUGGAAUAAAUGUGAUAUGGUCACCAUCUUUCUCUUCAUAAUUGGGGUAAUCUGCAGGAUGCUGAACUCAACUUUUCAAGCUGGUCGUACAAUACUCGCCAUUGAUUUUAUGGUGUUUACACUUAGACUUAUCCAUAUUUUUGCAAUUCACAAACAACUUGGACCAAAGAUCAUUAUUGUGGAAAGAAUGAUGAAGGAUGUUUUCUUCUUUCUGUUUUUCUUGAGCGUGUGGCUCAUUGCCUAUGGUGUGACAACUCAAGCUCUGCUCCAUCCCGAUGACAGCCGAGUGGAAUGGAUAUUCAGAAGGGUUCUCUAUCGUCCCUACCUUCAGAUAUUUGGCCAGAUUCCACUGGAUGAAAUAGACACAUCACGAGCAUAUCCCAGGAACUGCACAUUUAACCCCCUGCAGAUGCUACAGGAGAACACACCAUCCUGCCCCAACAGCUACGCCAACUGGCUCGUCAUACUCCUGCUGGUCAUCUUCCUACUGGUCACAAACGUCCUGCUCAUGAACCUCCUGAUUGCUAUGUUCAGUUACACUUUUCAAGUUGUCCAGGGCAAUACAGACAUCUUUUGGAAAGUGCAGCGCUACAACCUGAUUGUUGAAUACCAUGGCCGGCCUGCCUUAGCACCACCAUUUAUCAUUAUCAACCACAUUACUCUGGUUCUCAGAAGGCUCUUCAACAAAAUGGAACACAAGAAAAAACACCUGGAAAGAGAUCUUCCAGUGGGCCUCGAUCAAAAAAUCAUAACAUGGGAGCUGGUGCAAAAAGAACAUUAUCUAGUAAAACUUGAGCAAGAAAAGAAAGAAAGCAAUGAAGAAAGGCUGAAGGCCACAUCUAAUAAGGUAGAUAAUUUGUCCAAGUAUUUUAGUGGGUUGAAAGAACAAGAAAAACGAUUUAAACUUCUGGAAGCCCAGAUUUGCUACUGUACAGCUGUUAUCUCCUCCAUGGCAGAGGGUUUAACAAAAACCAACCUCUUGUGCACUCAACCAGCUCCAAACUAUACAUGUGUGAAGACUGCCAACACGGAAGCACCUUUGCCACAAAGAAGUGAAAGAGAAGAGCAUGCAGAUCAGUUUGAGACUGACAUUGAAUACAUUGAUAAUUAAAUUUUAUUCUACUUCUUCACAUUAAACCUUUUGUCCUACUGAACUACUGUAGAAAAUCCUAAUCUCUUGAAGGCCUACGGGCAACAAGCUCUCUAUGCUAAACUCUAUCAGUGCUCGACAUUCCUACGGAUUUCUUGGUCUUCCUCCUUCAGUUUCCUGGGCUUUCUUUCCUGCUGCUCCCAUAGCACUCGGCCCUUUCUCCAAAACCAUUCCACAAUCAGCAUUAAAGCUUUCUCCUGCAGGGUCACUCUACUACCUUAUUUUCUAAAUACCAUUUGUUCUCCAGACACCACACCCUCAAUUCACCAUCAUCGCUGCCAAAUUCCACACUUCUCUGCUCAAGGGAGUCUCCCUUUGGAAGGACAAUCACUUACACGCUCAAAAACAAGAUCCUUCCUUGGCCGAGACAUCAAGCUUGUACUCGUGAGCUGCUUAGAAAAGGAAAUCAAGAAACAGUUUCCAAGGAAAGGGCCUGAACACUGAAACAUUACAAAACAUACAGUUCCUGGAGUUCCUAUACAAUUGCACUCACCAGCCUCUCUUUCCACGCUGGCUCCUACGAGGUAUUCCUUUGCUGGUAUUCCCUCUUAAGGACUCCUCACUCAGCCUCAGAAAGUGGAAUCACCUGGUUUUUGUUGGUCCCAUACCCCACCACAGCUGCUGCCAGUUCCCUGCUGGCAAGGAGCCUUUGCCUCCCUGCAUCACACCACGUGGAAUACCUCCUCUACAUCUAAGCAUCUGAUUUCAUUUUACUUUUCUUUCUCAAGGGUCAGAGGGAAAAAAAGAAAUCACCUAAGAGACUUUAAAGCAAGAAUGUGUACCAAGAAUUAUCCUGCAGUCUAAGAAUUUGGGCUGUUUGUGGCUUUUUCCAUUACUUAAACUGGCUUGUGCAUUUUUAGCAUAUAAAAACUCGCUGGCUUUAUUAGAAUCUUGCAAGACAUACCACUAAAACAUCAAUACCAUUCUCUAAGGGUAAAUUUCUUUGGAAUAACAUAAACAGCAUCAGAAGGGGGAAGUAUUGGGCUGUGUCUGACUGAUACAAACUUCAAUUGCAUUUACUCACACGUAUAAUAUUGUCUCUAUGCAAUGUAACUGUAGAUUGCACAAAAGCUUUCUGUUACGAGAGGUGGAAAAAAAAUAAAUCUCAGCUCUGACAAAAAUGAGCCUUUUAUUAACAGAUAUUAAUCUUGUUAUGAUGGCUUAAUGAAACAGGCAUUUGUCCAGUUUAUUCAGCUGUGCCCCAGGCCUGUGACUCCAUUAGCAGCAAUGGAAUUUUGGUAGUCCUACCUGUUCCUCAGCCUGGGCAAGCAGAACUCAUAAACCCAGUAAGUUUGUACAACUGAGCUGCACUUUUUUGUUAAGAAAUAACAGAUACCUCACAACAAGCAUUCCCUGCUCUGGCAGCAGCUUACACUUUGAAAUGGCUACUAUUUUAAUAGUGUGAUCAGCACACUAGUUAUCCACUGGAUCCCAAAAUCUAUCCAUUGGGAUCUGCUGCGUGUGUCCACUCAGAUGCAACGGAACAACCAAUGCAUUUACCAACGACCCACUAAGCAAUGUGCAUCCAACUGCAUACUCAUGAGAAAAUACAUUCUGCUCUGAAAACUGAAGGGUAAGUUUAGAAAAAUGGAGCACAACUGCUCCUUUUACACUGUUUUCUGCUUCUGCCAAACAUGCAUCAGUUCAAACACAAAGCCCAAGAGAUUUGGGCCUCUCAGUUAAUUACUGUUAAGAUGAACUCCCCCCCUGAGGAAGUCACCCCCUCAAACACCCUUCAGAGUUUGAGCAAGCACAAUCUACCAAGAAAUAUCACAAACUCUUCAAAAUUAACCUUUCACUACACAGUUGUAAAUACCACUCUUGGGAUUGGUUAAUUUAGAAUACUGACAAAAAAAAAAAAGUCAGUUCAAAGUGACCUGAACUAAUUUGAGUUUCAAAUAAUGUAACCUUUCAAAGAAUUUAAUCUUUCAACCUUAUUUAUUAAAUUUACUAGCACUGUGGAAAAAGCCCAUUAUAUCUGACAUUCCUUGCAAUGUGAUUCAUUGUAUGAGAUGAUUCAUCCUGUGAGGGGAUUAUACAUUGCAAAAUGAUUGAAAAUGUUAGAAGUGUGAGGU